AUGGUUUGCGAAAAAUAUAAUAAAUUGCUUAAGCUAUGCUUCAUUUUCAUAAUAAUUUAUUUGUUCCUUAGAGUUGAUUCAUUUACCCCGGUAGAACGUUAUGUUCAUUCAUCUGUUCUAAUUGGAAAUAAGAUAUAUUUUUUUGGUGGUUAUAAUGGAAUAACUUAUACAAAUGAAGUAUUUUAUCUUGAUGUGUCUCAACAAUUUGGUACGUCACUUCCGCCAUGGACCGACCUUUCAUUAGAUUCAGGAAUAGGAUUUAGAUGUGGUUGGUCGACUGCUGCAGCAUUAAAUGGUACUAAUAAUAACCCGACAAUAUACCUUAUUGGAGGAAUAAAUACAAAUCAAUUUCGUGAAGAUUCCUUUACCUCACUAGUACAUGCCUUCAAUCCGAAUUCCGGGAAAUGGAAUGUACCUGCAAUUCCAGGAACCCAAUCAGUGAGGCGAAGAGAUAUGCAAGCUGUCACUGAUGAUACUGGAAAAAUUUAUGUUUUUGGUGGACUUGUUGAUAGGAAAACUGGAUCAACAACUUCUCAAUAUUUUAAUGAUAUCAUAAUAUUAAAUACUAAUGAUUUAACGUUGUCAUAUGGUUCUAUUGUUAAUUCUCCUUUAAAACGAUAUUUAUAUACUGCAACAAUUUUGCCAAAUGGUAUGAUUGUCUAUAUUGCGGGAUGGGAAGUACCUGAUUAUGAUAUUAUUGGGAGCGCA